CCAACACACACAAACACACCGGAUGUGACUUGCCAACAGCUUCAAGAAGAAGACGAGGAGCAACAAAAACGGGGUUUUCAAUGAAACAAAGCUUCUGAGAAUGCAUUGAAGAAUUAUUUCUCGGUGCUUGAACGUAAACGGGCGCAGCUGGUGCUGCUGAGCGUCAUGGCGACCCAGAGAGUUCUCCCUCAGAGCAAGGAGACUCUGCUGCAGAACUACAACAAGAGGCUCAAAGACGACAUCAAGUCCAUCAUGGACAACUUCACGGAAAUCGUCAAAACCGCAAAGAUCGAGGAUGAGACUCAGGUGUCGCGACCCACUCAGGCAGAGCAAGACCACUACGAGAUGCACGUCAGAGCUGCAAACAUCGUUCGUGCCGGCGAGUCCCUGAUGAAACUGGUGUCCGAUCUGAAACAGUUCCUGAUCCUCAAUGACUUUCCCUCGGUGAACGAUGCCAUCAGUCAGCAGAACCAGCAGCUCCGUGCACUGCAAGACGAGUGUGACAAGAAGCUGACGUCGCUCCGAGAUGAGAUCGCUAUCGACCUCUAUGAGCUAGAGGAAGAGUAUUACUCCUCCAGGUACAAAUAGGCUCAGAUCCGCCCCAUCCUGCCGCUCCUGUGUCGUCCCAUUAUGUACUGUCUCAGCUUUGUACCCGGUUCAACGGGUCUCGGUCAGAUCUAUUUAUCGAUCCAGACAGAUCAUCCACAACAUCCACACACAUCUCAACUGAAGGUCUUAUUUACAUUUUCUCUAGUGUUUUCACGAUGAUACUGUUAAUCAAGUGCCUUUUGGUUUGUUUUAUUGUUUUUUUUCCCAAAGUAAGGUCCGUAAAGGGGCAAACACUACAUAUCAACUUUACCCGCAUAUCCAGUUCUCAGUCUGCUGGUCAACAUGUUUGUGACACACAUCUGUUUAAUGUUCAUCACACAGUCUUCUAUAAACCAAUGAGAUUGAUGUCAAAAAUGCUUUGCUAAAACAGUCAUACUCUGUAAAUAUUGUCCCAUUUUGUCACAUUGGAACCAAAACCCUUUUUUAAUUUAUUAUUUUGUGUGAUCAGCCAACUUAAAGCAGCAACAAAUAAAAAGAAGUGGAGGAAAAAUUAUGCAUGUCUUUAAUAUUUUGUAAAUAAAAAUCUAGACAUUUGCCAUGCAUUUUUAAACAGUGUCUUGAGGAUCAAUUUUCAAUUGAACUGUUGGUUUGAUACUCUUAACUUUUAAUGGAAGUUCGAAGGACAGAUUUAUUAUAACGUCUUAAGAUUGCUUUGUCGUUGUGGAUUUAUGUUGAGGGUUGUUGUCUUGCUGAAAGGUGAACUUCCACUUGAACCUCAAGUUUUUUGCAGGUGCUAAAAAAAUGUUUUGUUUUUUUUUGUUUGUUUUUUUUUUUUUCAACCAUUGCCCUUCAUUUAGCUCCAUUCCACUUCCCUUUCACUAUGAGCAGCUUCUACAGUCCUGCAGAAGACAACCAUCCCCAAAGCAUAAUCCUGCCUGCACCAUAUUUCACAAUGUAGACGGUUUGUUAGUUGCCGGGCUCACACGGUUUUACCAUUUGGAGAAAAGAUUUUGGGGUAUUUUUUUUUUUCAGUUUUGGCUGAUGUAUUGAAUUAAAACAGGUUAGGUGGUUGGUGGCACUUUAUUUUAUUUAGGGGUGUCAUGCAUAAUUUUUCCUCCACUUCUCUACUUUAUUAAAUAAAACCUUAAAUGAAAUGUGCUAUUUUUCGGUUGUAAUAUUGAGAUGUGCAAGGGUCAUAAAUAGCUUUGCAAGCCACUGUAUUUACUGCUGUUUUUAUUUUUGUUCAAACUUAGAACUGUCCUCAGGAUCCAAUAGAUUUAUGAGACAUUUUAACUUUCAUGGCAGAGAUAAGUAUUGAAAUUGUAAAAAAAAAAAAAAGAAAAUCUAUAAAUUAAAUCUGUUUUGCUCAUUGAGUUGUUGGAGACAACACAAAGUUUUAUAUGAAGUUGGAAAAGAUAUUAGAAGAACUUAAGCAAUAUAAGAAUAUUUUUCUUGAAACAAAUGAAAAAUAGUUUGUGCUAGACUUCAUGAGUUAUUUGUAUUGUUGAACCCAGACUGGUUUUAACUUUUAACAAUUAGGUUGAAUCUCAGCCUAGUGUUUUUUAUGUAGAUGUGUUUUGAUAAAGACAAUUAAGCGCCAACGUUUGUAGUGUCCAUCCAGUCAGUCUGUAACCAUGCAAGCGCUUCAGAGGACUUAAAAUUAUUGAGAAAUAAAGCGAAGACAAAAUGCUGAA